CAAGAAAAUCAAUCACAGGCUGUUUCUCAUUUUCAACGGAGUUAGAUGAUAGAGAAACUGCAUGAAAACCAAUUUCAUGCUCUUUAGCAACCAAAGCAAGAAUUAGACGUUGACCAUUCUUUCAUUCUUUUCUGAAUAACACAAAAGAUCUUGUGGAUUUCUCCUUAGUCGAGCUCUCUGAGUGGAUAUUUGUGUUACUUGUGUGCUCCAAGAAGAAGGGCGGUCAAAAGAUAAGGUAUACAAGAGUCACCGGAGAGUGGACGGGGGGAGCUGAGGAGUUGAUCAAUGGCGGCGGCGUUAGUGGGCGAUGAUCUGGCUCUGAGUUCUAGUAGUAGGCGGAGCUGGAGGUCCCAGAGCAUAAGGGAGGUGUGGCAGGGGCCGCCGGAUGUGUUCACGAGGCUGCCGACGUACGAUCGGCUCAGGAAGGGGAUGCUGCAGCAGGUUAUGAGCAAUGGGAGGAUAGUUCACUCUGAGGUGGAUGUCACCAACCUCGGUACGCAGGAUAAGAAGAUGUUGAUGGAGAGCAUUCUUAAGGUUGUGGAGGAGGAUAAUGAGAAGUUCCUCCAGAGGCUCAGAAACAGGACUGACAGGGUGGGAAUUGAGAUUCCAAAGAUUGAAGUAAGAUUCCAGAAUCUGUCUAUUGAGGGAGAUGCAUAUGUUGGGACAAGAGCACUUCCAACUCUGCUAAAUUCAACACUCAAUACAUUGGAGGCUGCACUAGGGAUGAUUGGGCUAUCUCCAUCAAAGCAAAGGGUUGUUAAGAUACUUCAAGAUGUUAGUGGAAUUGUGAGACCAUCGAGGAUGGCAUUACUUCUUGGGCCACCAGGUUCAGGAAAAACAACAUUGCUCAAAGCACUUGCAGGGAAAGCUGAUGAUGAUAUGAGGGUGACUGGAAAAAUAACCUAUUGCGGCCACGAAUUUCACGAAUUUGUUCCCCAAAGAACUUGUGCUUACAUUAGUCAGCAUGAUCUUCACUAUGGUGAGAUGACAGUUCGAGAGACAUUGGAUUUCUCGGGUAGAUGCUUGGGAGUUGGGACAAGGUAUGAAAUGCUGGCAGAGCUGUCAAGAAGAGAGAAAGAAGCAGGUAUUAAACCUGAUCCCGAGAUUGAUGCAUUUAUGAAAGCCACAGCCAUGGUGGGCCAGGAAACCAGCUUGAUUACAGAUUACGUCCUCAAGAUUCUUGGAUUGGAUAUUUGUGCUGAUAUUAUGGUUGGGGAUGAUAUGAGAAGGGGCAUUUCUGGUGGACAAAAGAAGCGUGUUACCACUGGUGAAAUGUUGGUAGGACCAGCAAAAGCAUUCUUCAUGGAUGAGAUAUCAACUGGGCUGGAUAGUUCCACCACCUUCCAGAUUGUCAAAUUUAUGCGGCAGAUGGUUCAUAUUAUGGACAUAACCAUGGUCAUCUCUCUCUUGCAGCCUGCUCCUGAGACAUUUGAUCUUUUUGACGAUGUUAUCCUGCUUUCAGAUGGUCAAAUUGUUUAUCAAGGUCCACGUGAGAAUGUCCUGGAAUUCUUUGAGUACAUGGGAUUUAGAUGUCCAGAAAGGAAGGGAGUUGCAGACUUUCUGCAAGAAGUUACUUCAAAGAAGGACCAAGAACAGUAUUGGUUUAGGAAGAAUCAGCCUUACCGUUAUGUUUCCGUACCCGAGUUUGCACAGGCUUUCAACUCUUUCCACAUCGGGCAGCAACUCGUGGCGGAACUUAGAGUUCCAUAUGAUAAGACUAGAGCCCAUCCUGCUGCCCUGGUCAAAGAUAAAUAUGGUAUCUCCAAUUGGGAACUUUUCAGGGCCUGCUUCUCUAGAGAAUGGCUCCUAAUGAAACGGAGCUCGUUUGUGUACAUCUUUAAGACUACACAAAUAACAAUAAUGGCAACAAUUGCCUUGACGGUCUUCCUAAGAACAGAGAUGAAGUCCGGUAGGAUCGAGGAUGCUACUAAGUUUUGGGGAGCAUUGUUCUUCAGUCUCAUCAAUGUCAUGUUCAACGGCAUGCAAGAGCUCGCAAUGACUGUAUUCAGGCUUCCAGUGUUCUUCAAACAGAGGGAUUCAUUAUUCUAUCCAGCUUGGGCUUUUGCCUUGCCGAUUGGGGUACUCCGUAUUCCACUUUCAGUAAUGGAGUCUGGAUUGUGGAUCAUUCUUACCUACUACACCAUUGGCUUUGCACCUUCUGCCGUUAGGUUUUUCAAACAAUUGUUGGCAUUCAUUGGGGUACAUCAGAUGGCCCUCUCUUUGUUCCGUUUCAUAGCAGCAGCUGGAAGAACACAAGUAGUCGCCAACACUCUUGGAACUUUCGCCUUGCUUUUGGUUUUCGUGCUGGGAGGCUUUAUUGUUGCAAAAGACGAUAUUAAAGAUUGGAUGAUAUGGGGAUACUAUGUUUCUCCUAUGAUGUAUGGACAAAAUGCCAUUGCAAUCAACGAGUUUCUUGCAGAGAGAUGGAGUGCACCUACCAAUGGCACUGAAAAGACUGUUGGAAAGACCCUUCUUAGGGACAGAGGUUUAUUUACUACCGAGUCUUGGUACUGGAUAUGCAUCUUCGCUCUUUUUGGGUUCACUCUUCUGUUCAACAUUCUCUUCAUUUUAGCCUUGACUUACUUAAACCCUCUUGGGGACAAUAAGGCUAUCAUACCAGAUGACAAGGCGGAAAGCAAGAGGAAGCGACAUAUAACAAAUGGUGAAGGUGUUCAAAUGGAUGUUAGAAACUCCCAUGCAACCGCCAACUCGACUGAUGGAGGAGCAAGCAGUGAACCAAGAAGAGGGAUGGUCUUGCCUUUCCAACCCCUCUCUCUUGCGUUCAACCAUGUGAAUUACUAUGUCGAUAUGCCUGCCGAAAUGAAAACUCAAGGUGUUGAUGAAGAUAGACUUCAGUUACUGCGAGACGUUAGUGGUGCUUUCAGGCCCGGUGUUCUGACAGCAUUGGUAGGUGUCAGUGGAGCUGGAAAGACGACGUUGAUGGAUGUACUGGCAGGCCGAAAGACAGGAGGAUAUAUUGAAGGAAGCAUAAACAUAUCAGGCUACCCAAAGAACCAAACAACAUUUGCUCGAGUCAGCGGAUACUGUGAACAGAACGAUAUCCAUUCGCCUUACGUUACCGUCUAUGAAUCACUUCUUUACUCUGCCUGGCUACGUCUUGCUGCAGAUGUGAAAACAGAAACACGAAAGAUGUUUGUGGAGGAGGUCAUGGACUUGGUUGAGCUCAAUCCCUUGAGGAAUGCUCUUGUUGGACUUCCGGGAAUCGAUGGUCUUUCAACAGAGCAAAGAAAGAGGCUGACAAUUGCUGUUGAGUUAGUUGCCAAUCCCUCCAUAAUCUUUAUGGAUGAGCCAACAUCAGGACUCGACGCCCGAGCUGCUGCAAUUGUCAUGCGCACAGUGAGAAAUACAGUGGAUACAGGUCGAACGGUGGUCUGUACUAUUCACCAGCCUAGUAUAGACAUUUUUGAAGCUUUUGAUGAGCUACUGUUGAUGAAGAGAGGAGGACAAGUAAUUUAUGCUGGACCUCUUGGUCGCCAUUCUCACAAACUUGUUGAAUAUUUUGAGGCUGUGCCAGGGGUUCAGAAAAUCAAAGAGGGCUAUAAUCCAGCUACUUGGAUGUUGGAGGUCACCUCCUCUGCCGUUGAAGCUCAACUCGACGUUGAUUUUGCAGAAAUUUAUGCCAACUCUGACCUUUAUCGGAGGAACCAAGAACUGAUAAAGGAACUAAGCACUCCCCCACCAGGAUCUCAGGACCUAUACUUCCCCACGCAAUACUCGCAGUCGUUCUUAACUCAGUGCAAAGCUUGCUUCUGGAAGCAGCAUUGGUCCUACUGGAGAAACUCACAGUACAAUGCUAUUAGGCUUUUCACAACAAUCGUCAUUGGCGUUAUGUUUGGUGUUAUCUUCUGGCAGAAAGGGGACCAAAUACAUAGACAACAAGACUUGCUUAAUCUGCUCGGAGCUACUUAUGCUGCUGUACUUUUCCUCGGAGCCACCAAUGCUUCUGCUGUUCAAUCCGUUGUCGCGAUUGAGAGAACUGUUUUCUAUCGUGAAAGGGCUGCAGGAAUGUACUCUGAGUUGCCUUAUGCAUUUGCACAGGUUGCAAUAGAGACCAUAUACGUCGCUGUACAAACCCUCGUCUACUCUCUGCUUCUCUACUCCAUGAUUGGAUACCACUGGACGGGCGAGAAAUUCUUCUACUUCUACUACUUCAUAUUCAUGUGCUUCACUUACUUCUCGAUGUACGGCAUGAUGGUUGUUGCGUUGACACCUGGCUACCAAAUCGCCGCCAUCGUUAUGUCCUUCUUCCUCAGCUUCUGGAACUUGUUCUCUGGUUUCCUCAUCCCACGUCCCCUCAUCCCAAUAUGGUGGAGGUGGUACUACUGGGCUUCUCCCGUCGCCUGGACAAUCUACGGUAUUUUUGCAUCCCAAGUAGGCGACAUCACUACCGAACUCGAACUCACGGGCAACACUGGAAGAAUAAGGGUGAAUGACUUCCUUAAAGACUACCUCGGCUAUGAUCAUGACUUCCUCAUCCCAGUGGUCUUCGCACACGUCGGUUGGGUUCUCCUGUUCUUCUUUGUUUUCGCCUACGGAAUCAAGUUCCUUAACUUCCAAAGGAGAUGAGAACAUCUGCAGUGUAAGAUUGUUAGAGUUUUGUAGGUUUCAUACAUCAUAAAGUUAAAAAUGUAUGUAUACUACUGUAGUUGUAGCUUGUCAUAAGGGAGACAUCCCCUCUCCAUUUUCUUUUUGAUUGCUUUUGUUUGUAUAACUUUUUCUUUUGCUUGUUUUAUACUGCAAUUUGCAAGGUGUAUAAUUUAUUCUUUUGUGUUUAUGAUUUGCCAAAGAUUUGUGUAACACAGUAUCAGCUCCUUUAUUGUGUAA